AUGGAGCCAAUGACGCUUGAAUCUGUGACAACCCUGUGGUCUGAAAACAGCAGUGCGUCCCUGCCAUCUGCUCCAUCAGGGUCUCCAAUCUCUGCAGAAUGGGAGCUGGUUUACUCCAUCGUUCCCCCGUACAUCUUCACUUUAUCCCUGUUUGGCCUUCUCUUUAACAGCUUUGUCCUGGGUGUGUUUUUCACCCACAAGGAUCGCCUGACUGUAGCGGAGAUCUACCUGAGCAACCUGGCGCUGGCUGACUUUAUUCUCCUGUGUGGCCUACCCUUCUGGGCGAUGAACAUCAUCAACGACUUUAACUGGCCGUACGGAGAAGUCUUAUGCAAACUGGUCAACUCCAUCAUCAUCAUAAAUUUCUACACUAGCAUCUUCACCCUGGUCAUGAUUAGUGUUGACCGCUACCUGGCACUUGUGAAGACCAUGAAGGCCAGGUGGCUGAGACGGACACUCUAUGCCAAGGUGAUCUGCUUCAUCCUGUGGAUAUUAGCGGUCGCACUGAGCACGCCAACCAUGGUUCACAGAAAGGUGAAGUUCAUCAACGAGAUCGAGACAAUGUCCUGUAUACUGGAUUAUAGUCAUGACAGCUCUUGGAAGUUGGCCCAUCAGAUUCUAAUGAAUGUGCUGGGCUUUGUCCUGCCUGUUCUGGUAAUUGUUUUCAGCAGUGGGAAUAUAAUCAAGGCUUUAGUUAAGAGGAAAGAGAAUGUCGCUUUUAAUGACAUUAAUGACACAAAGGCCACAUUACUUGUGUAUGCUGUCACACUACUGUUCCUACUGUGUUGGGGUCCCUUUCAGGUCUUCACCUUCAUCGACACACUCUGUGAUGUCCAAGCGCUGGAUGAGAAGCUGUGGUUCCACACUCUCGAUAUAGGAGGGCAGGUUUCAGUGUAUUUGGCCUUUCUCAACAGUGCCCUGAACCCACUGCUGUAUGUCUUCUCAGGGCAGUACUUUAGGAGGAAGGUUAGCGCCAUCUACAGUAGGACUAUUCAUUAUCGCAGAGGAUCAGAUAUGACGACAUAUCAACGCUCUGUUGUGUCCACUUACAUUAACAGAACCGAGCAAAUAAAGCCUGUGGUCAUUUUUAAUGCAUAG